AUGCGCUACCCCUUUGAUCAAGGUGACCAGGAGACAUGGACACAGAUAGGACAGCUACUAGUAGCCACAGCACUGUCAUCCAUCAUCGGAAUUGAACGAGAAUGGAAACACAAAAGCGCAGGGUUGCGCACGAAUACACUAGUAGGGAUAGGCGCAGCCCUGUUCAUGCUGAUCUCGAAACUGGGGUCCUUUGACGUCCUGGCCCGCGGCCUGGUCGUGCUGGAUCCAAGCCGGAUCGCGGCCCAGAUCGUGUCAGGGAUUGGAUUUAUAGGUGGAGGGAUCAUCUUCAAGCAGCGCAAUGAGAUCCGAGGGCUGACAACUGCCGCUGGUGUUUGGCUGAGCGCCGCGGUAGGGGCUGCCUGUGGCGCGGGGCUUCUCAGAUUAGCGAGCGUUGCCACCGCGUUGUAUUUCGUUGCUGUACUCGUUUAUCCGACUGUGCUGCAUGUUCUGCGGCAAUACCUCGAUCGGAAGGAUACCAUGGAGAUCUCGGCUGUGGUUCGCUACCGGACUGGAGCUGAUGGGUUGCAAACCCUGCUCAUUAAUAUCAUGGAAGCAGGGUUUCGUGUACGGAUGAUAACCCGACUGGAAGAAGUGCUUGUUAAUCAAGCCGCGAGUAAAGGGCCUGCGGGGGGAGAUAGACACGCAUCGAUUUCGAAUUUCUCCAGGACACCAAAGACACCUGCGGCGCAUAUUGAGAGGCUCGAGCGGAUCUUUGACAUUCAUCUGACGGUGAAUGGCUCGAGAGGUCCAGAUAGUCUGAUGCAUGCUCUUUCCCAACUGGACUCGGUUAUUUCGGUUUCCAUUGAGGACGAUGAAGGAGAAUUCGUCCAGAGAGUUUGA